AUGGAAUUGAGUGAUGAUUUCAUCCCCAAGCAAGAUCGGAAAGUUCUGCUAAAAAAGCUCGGCCGCUUGCCCCUGACGGUUUUAUGUCAUUUGGUUGAGCACUGGAGUCAUAAAUAUGAUCCUGCUAAUGGGAUGAGCCCAGAUAAAUUGGCUCAUAUUAUGUCUGGCUAUUUGAAAAGAAGAGCUAAUCGGAAGACUGUUGUUGCGAGGAUUUUGCUCGAAUUUUGGCCUCAAGGGUUGUCACUAUAUCAAUUGGCGCAGAUCGACUCCUAUACGCUUGUACAGAGGCCAAAUUUAUUAUUUUGGAAAUCGACCACUGCAAUUGAUCCUAAUGGUAUAAAAAAGGUCUUGAAUUUGGAUCCAAAUAGUUUCGUUCACAAUUUGAAGGAGGAUAUCCACCGGCUAUACCUCUCCCAUAUAUACAUCUUUAAGCAUCCUGAACUUCCAUCGAUAAUAUGUCGAAUACAACUUUUUGAACCCCACAAUUUGGUUGAAAAUGGAAAUGAGCCAAAUUUAAUUUCUAGAAGCCCUUACUAUGUGGUUUUUCCCAUGAAUUCUCCCAAUGUCAUACAUUCUUCUGAUGAUGAUUCCUAUGCACAAUUGAUUCUACAAAGUGUACAAAGAACAAUUGCUGAAAAAGAUCCCAUAGUUUUGAGGCAAAAUGAUGAUCCACCGGUGAAAUCCUUAGAGACAAUGCACGUUUUGAAAGGUGUAUCAAGAUAUUCAAAUUCUUUGGGACCUUGGUCCAAAUACGCAGAUGCAGAUUUCGAUAUAUCUCCAUUUGAUAAUUAUGGAAACCAUAUUUCUGUGAAGGGUAAAAGAGUAGUUACUGGAGUUUAUGAUGAUGAUGAUCCAGGAUCCAAAAGACAACGGCUAGAAAAUAUUAUGCUACGAUUUAAAGGCUCAAAAAAAGGCGUUAAAGCCAAAAAGGCCUACGAAGUUCAACGAUUCAACUCCAGGAUGCACCAUCUACAGAAGGAUUUCCCGAAAAUGGACGCAGCGGAUACGGUAUCCAAAUAUGCCUCUUUGAUUCCCGUUAACAAGGUAAAUUUCGUAGAUAAACAAGAUCUAUCGGAUGAUCGAGGUCAAGUUUCUAUAAGGUUCAAGUUUCGUGGUAACGAUGUCUUUGGUGGAUUGCAUGAGUUAUGUGAUGAAGGUAAUAUAGAUAUUGAUAGAGUUCCUGGUUGGUUAACCGGAGAAAAUGGAUUAGAUUCUGGAACUAUUCUAAACGGUGAAUUUAUAAAAGAAGAGAAGAGGAAAGGUGGACUAAUCUGA